AUGGGUUGGGGUAUUGACUUUUUUGGAUCUUCUAGAGUGGAUAAAUAUUCAAAACCAUUACCUGCAGAAACUAUUGAUACAUGUUUACGUGCCAUUCAUGAUUAUAAUUCAAGACAAAAUGGAUAUAGUAAUGUUCCUCCGCCUAAUUUAGUUUCAAGAAAUAUAACUAAUCAACCACCAUGUUACUCUAAUAAUGAACCUCCACCUCCAUAUAGAUCCCGUUCUUCAAGCCGUUCAUAA